UGGGCUUUCCCUCUCUUGCAGUUAGAGAAGGAGGAGCAGAUACACAGUGUGGACAUCGGGAACGAUGGCUCGGCCUUUGUGGAGGUGCUGGUGGGCAGCUCGGCUGGAGGGGCCGGGGAGCAAGACUAUGAGGUCCUUCUGGUCACCUCGUCUUUCAUGUCCCCUUCUGAGAGCCGAAGUGGCUCCAACCCCAACCGUGUUCGCCUUUUUGGGCCUGAGAAGUUGGUCCGGGGAGCAGCUGAGAAGCGCUGGGACCGAGUCAAAAUUGUUUGCAGCCAGCCCUAUAGCAAGGACUCCCCCUAUGGCCUGAGUUUUGUGCGGUUUCACAGCCCUCCAGACAAAGAUGAGGUAGAGGCUUCACCCCAGAAGGUGACCAAGCUUGGCCAAUUCCGUGUAAAGGAGGAGGAUGAGGGUGCCAGCUCCCUGAGACCAGGGGCCCUCUUCUUCAGCCGGAUCAAUAAGACAUCCACUGCCACAACCAGUGACCCAGCGGGACCCAGCUAUGCAGCUGCCACACUGCAGGCCUCAAGUGCCACCUCCUCAACCUCUCCAGCCUCCAGGGCAGUAGGCAGCACCUCCAAGCCUCAGGAGUCCCCCAAAGGGAAGAGGAAGUUGGAUUUGAAUCAAGAAGAAAGGAAGACCCCCAGCAAACCGUCAGCCCAGCCCUCACCACCUGCCCGCAAGAGACCCAAAUUGUCCGCACCCAUCUCUACCCCUGCCACUGCCUCAGUCCCUGCCCCAGCACGGGGGGCAGUGCCAGGGAAGCCCCGAGGAGAAGGCACGGAGCACAGGGCACCCCGAGCUGGCCCGCAGGAGAUGGGGAAGAUCCUUAAGGGCGUGGUGGUGGUGCUGAGUGGCUUCCAGAACCCCUUCCGCUCGGAGCUCCGGGACAAGGCCCUAGAGCUCGGGGCCAAGUAUCGGCCAGACUGGACCCCAGACAGCACCCACCUCAUCUGUGCCUUUGCCAACACCCCUAAGUACAGCCAGGUCCUAGGCCUCGGAGGUCGCAUUGUGCGUAAAGAGUGGGUGCUGGACUGUCAUCGCAUGCGGCAGCGGCUGCCCUCCCGGAGGUGAGGCCUCCCUGCACACCUGUGUAUACGCCUGUAUAUACACAUACACAUGCCUGCCCUACUCCUCAUCCCUGGGCUGGGCAACGCUAGGGAUCUGGAGAGAAAUCAGACUGGAGCCUGCUAGUGGAGAACACCCGUUGGCCCGGACCAGAGUGAGCUGACUUCUGAGAGAAGGAGGCAUGGGCUAGGAGUCGUGGAGAGGGAGAGAGGGCUUGCCUGGGGGGCUCACGCGGGCUCUGUGAAGUCUGCUUAGCGGAGAAGGAAAGGACAUUGCAGGCUAGAGAAACAGCGUGUGCCAAGACUUAGGGGUGGAGAACAGUGUUGGGGCUUGUUUAGAUGAAUUUAUUUUACAUUUAUUUAAUUUU